CACGGAAAGAGGCAGGGCAGAGAAACGCUACGUGUCUUAAGGAACUCUUAAAACCCCCGGACCCUUCUAUUACUUACACUGCUUCUGCUACUCCCCGCCCCGAUCGCUUUGCCUCUACCGGCCCAGGAGACACCCGUCCAGAGUCCACAGUUCAGUCUCGAAAUCACGAUGUCCGGAAAUAAAAAGCAGCGGACGGAUCUACAAAGGUCCACAAAUGUGGUGUACCAGGCCCACCAUGUAAGCCGCAUCAAAAGAGGUCAGGUUGUGGGAACCAGAGGUGGAUUCAGAGGCUGCACUGUGUGGCUGACAGGUCUGUCUGGUGCCGGUAAAACCACUGUUGGCUUUGCACUGGAGGAGUAUUUGGUGUCCCACCGUAUUCCGUGUUACUCUCUCGAUGGAGACAACAUUCGCCAUGGGAUGAACAAGAACUUGGGCUUCAGCGCUGAGGACCGCGAGGAGAACAUUCGACGCAUUGCUGAGGUGGCCAAACUGUUUGCUGACGCAGGACUGGUUUGCAUCACCAGCUUUAUCUCACCAUUUACUAAGGACCGUGCUGAGGCACGUAGCAUUCAUGAGAAAGCAGGCCUUCCUUUCUUUGAGGUGUUUGUCAAUGCAUCUCUGGAGGUGUGUGAAAGUCGCGAUGUCAAAGGUCUCUACAAAAAGGCACGUGCUGGAGAGAUUAAAGGUUUUACUGGCAUUGAUUCUGACUAUGAAAGCCCAGAUGCACCCGAGUUGGUUCUAAAGACAGGAGAGCUUACAGUGAAUGAGUGCAUACAAGAGGUGGUGGACCUCUUGAAAGCACAGAGUAUCGUUCCCAGUGGGGUUGUGGAAGAGGUAAUUGAACUCUUUGUGCCAGAGAGCAUGUUGGAGCUGGCCAAGGCUGAUGCUAACAUACUGCCCACAAUCACCAUCAACAAGCUCGACCUCCAGUGGGUGCAGGUGCUCUCAGAGGGUUGGGCGAGCCCCCUGAAGGGCUUCAUGAGAGAGAGAGAAUAUCUACAGGUUCUCCACUUCAAUAACCUGCUAGAUGGUGGGGCAAUCAACUUAUCCAUUCCCAUUGUCCUGCCUGUAUCCACGGAGACAAAAGAGCAGUUGAAUGGAUCUGCUGCCGUGGCUUUGGAGUUCCAGGGUGUCAGGGUGGCGAUCCUGCGGAACCCAGAGUUCUACCAUCACCGCAAGGAGGAACGUUGUGCAAGACAGUGGGGAACAACCUGUCCCAAACACCCUUACAUAAAGAUGGUGCUGGAGAGUGGUGAUUGGCUAGUCGGUGGUGACCUUGAAGUGCUGAAGAGAAUUAGAUGGGAAGAUGGUCUGGAUCAAUAUAGACUCACUCCUAAGGAACUGAAGCAGAGGUUCAAAGAGAUGAAAGCAGACGCUGUCUUUGCCUUCCAACUGCGGAACCCUGUGCACAAUGGCCACGCCCUGCUUAUGCAGGACACCAGGCGGCGGCUGGAGGAACGCGGAUACCAGCGGCCCGUGCUGCUCCUCCACCCGCUGGGGGGCUGGACCAAAGACGAUGACGUGCCACUACCCUGGCGCAUGAAGCAGCACGCGGCCGUGUUGGAGGAGGGCGUACUUGACCCCUCUUCGACCAUCGUUGCCAUCUUCCCCUCCCCUAUGAUGUACGCUGGCCCCACUGAGGUGCAGUGGCACUGUCGUUCAAGAAUGGUGACGGGAGCCAAUUUCUACAUUGUGGGGAGAGACCCAGCAGGGAUGCCCCAUCCCGAGUCAGGGCAGGACCUGUACGAGCCCACCCACGGGGGGAAGGUCCUCUCCAUGGCCCCUGGGCUCACGUCCGUGGAAAUCAUCCCAUUUAGAGUGGCAGCUUAUAACAAGACCAAAAAAGCCAUGGAUUUCUAUGACAAAGAGAGACAUACUGAAUUUGACUUCAUCUCUGGAACACAGAUGAGGAAAUUGGCUCGGAGCAGAGAGAAUCCCCCUGUUGGCUUCAUGGCUCCCAGAGCUUGGAAGGUCUUGACUGAGUACUACCAAUCCUUGCAGAAAGACCAGUAGCUGCUGUACACAGCACAGCCUGGCAAACUGAGAAUACAAAAUGGCUCCUUCAAAAUGCCAGUGUAUAUGUACUACUGUAGUUAUAGUGGAUGGAAUCCACUAUCUUGAAAUCUCCUGGCUUCUUCUUCUUCUUCUUCUUCUUAUUAUUAUUAUUA